ACCCUCCUGAUUAGAACCUGAAGCUUCAUUCGAAGCCUGUGCAAAAUGGCGGACAUUUCAGAGACAUCAGGGGGAGAAGACGGCAGCUAUUUCGAUGGCUGCUUGUUAAAUACGAUGGAAAUUUUGGUCAAAGACAUCGAGAAAAGAUCUGGGGAAAAGCUAAAAGAACCGUAUAUUGUUUAUAUGAUCGAGACAAGGUGGGGAUUAAAUGAUUGUGUGUAUUUGUUUUGUUGUAUUAUUAAAUCUAGUUCAUAGUCAUAGCUGUAAUGCACACCAUAAUGAUAUUGCAGCUUGGAUUCUUUUCGACUUAGCUAAAAAGGUCUGAUCAUUAUUUGAAUGUAAGCUUAAAACGGAUUGUCUUUUAGAAAUCAUGAAUCACUUUGAUGCCAAUUUAAACAUCAUGAGUAAUACGUCCAACGUCUUCCUUGUUUACAUUUUGCGGCAAUCAAAUUUUGAUAUUUAUAGCAUACACUCAUAUAUGGAGCUCUCUUGUAUGCUUUCGAAAACUGUUUUGCCUGCCAAGAUGUAUGUUCUGUUAGUUAAAGCUGUGCAUCAGUGUAUUGCCUGAGAGUUGCAUUGGCGUAUACGUGGUCUGGUAGUACGCUACUGUAUAUAAAUCACCACCUGCGGCCCAACAGAUACAAUUUCAGCUAGCUAAGAGCCUGGUUACAAAAAUUUACCUGUUAAAAUUUACCUGUUCAGUUUUGAUUAAUAAAAGGGCCGCAAUUAUAGAAUACCAGGCUGAUCCGAACAAGCAACUUUUGAGAAAAACCAACAUUUGUCGGUUUACCAAUUAAUUAAAACUGCCACCUACAGUAACUCAUUUGCAUUAGGUUUGUCAGCAAGGAUAUACAAUUACUUUAGUUAUUUUAUACGGUACAUUAUGUAACCAGACAAUUUUACUGCUGCAAUGAGUCUUUUUGCCUUUUAUCCAAUUAAAUGGCAUUGUACGAUUUGUACCGUAACACACCUGGCCUUUGUUUGUUUUACAAUCUAAUGCCAUAUGGGGUACUCAUCUAGUGGAGAGUAAUGGCACAUACUCAGUGGCUACCUGAAAAUGUUAACAUUAGAGGAUGGCAUUAUUAAAUCAAUGCUAAUCCUAUGUUUAUAAAGGCCCAUUUAAACUUGCAAUUUUCCUCUUGUGAUGGAUGUGAACCAGGGCUCAAUAUAAUGGUCGGCCACCGGCCAUUAGCCGAGUAAAAUGCUGAUAUGGCCGUCUACUGAUUACUCUGCAAGGACAUUAUGGCCGACCAUUUUGUCUCAUCAAUUUGAAUAUUUCUUCCUUUGUUGUUGCAAAUCUUUUUAACAAAAUCUGUAAUCUUUAACACAGUCAUGCAAACAAGAUUCCGCCUGUAAGACAAUUUGGCAGAAUCUGACUUCGUGCCGAUCCACAUAAUAACAAUGUAAUCUUGUCAAUUAUUAAAAAACAACAGCGUCUAUUGUAUACAUAGGUCAUUUCUGUUCAUUAUUCUCCACUCUACAGACUCUGGGAGAGAUUGACACUAACUUACAGUACUUUAGACCUUACCUAAAACUGGGAUACUGCUUUAGUCCAUAGUACACAAUGGUGCUUGGGUGAUAAGAGUGUAGCCUGUUCACAUUUUUAUUUUGUGUGUGUUAAGAGAAAUAUUUUAUAUUACAUAUACUGUUACUGAGUAAGUUGUCGUUGAUAUUGUGUCAUUUUGUUAACCAUUAGGAAUAUGCAUAUGGUUUUGGUCAGGGACGCCGAAACAAUAAGAAGGCAAAGGGGGGCGCACGCACACCAAGGGCACCUCUUUAGAGCAAAACUUCAAAAUCUACCGGAAAAUUUUGGUCAGUGUACCAUUUUAGGGGUCAAAAUUUUUUACCGGACAUACCAAAAGUCAAAUAUAAACUAUAAAUUGCCUGAAUGUCAUGAUUUUCCUACAAAAAGCAUCGUUGGAAAUGUGAUUUAUCACAUUGUAUUUUACAACUAAAAGGGCACUUCUGCCCCCCCUAGCAAAAGGCAAGGGGGGCAGUCGCCCCCCCCCCCUGCCCCCAGUUCCGGCGUCCCUGGUUUUGGUAGUUGUUACGGUUUUGGUUUCUAGUACUGACAACUGACAAUGUCCCUAUUGAGAAUAAUUAAGUGUCCGAUCAUGUCCGACCAAAACAUGGGUCGGUCUGACACAAUUUGACGUGACUCUGAUGUGAACGAGUUAUGAAUGUUCAGUUGAUGGUACACAUGUACUGGGAACAUUCAUAACUCAUCUGCUCGUUCACAUGCAUCAGAAGAAAAUUGCAUGUAGAAAUCGCAGCAAAAAUCGCAAGUGUAAAUAGACCUUUCCCCUUUUGAGUGAAAUUCUGAUCUAGACAAGUCUGGACAAAAAUUUCAUCACAGCUUGAAAGAGAGUCACAAAAUUAGUAAUAUUCCGAAGUUUCGUAAUUGCAAAACGUUGUAAAAUGCGGAUAAUAUAGCCUUGCGAAGUUUGCCUUUUUUCAGUCAUUUUGUAUUACAAAUGGAAAUUGAUAAUCAGCUUGACCAUCUGAUUAUCAAUUUCCGUUUGUAAUGCAAAAUGACUGAAAAACGGCAAACUUCGCAAGGCUUUAUUAUCCGCAUUUUACAACAUUUCACAACGAAACUUCGGAAUAUUACUAAUUUUGUGAUGCUCUUCCAAGCUGUGUUUGUGUGCAAAUUUUUGUCCAGGCUUGUCUAGAUCAGAAUUUCACUCAUAAGGGGAAAGGUCAAUUGGUCUUUAGUUAACUCUGCAGUUUCUGCCUUUGUCCUUCUAAAGCAGACAUUGACAUACCUUAUUCCACACUUGCUUUGUGUACCUGGUCCGUGGACUACACACAUGGAUCAGGCCUGAUUGCAGGUUAGGAUCACUCUCACAUAGGACUCGCGAAAUUUUGCUGACCAGACAAUGGACCGAGCACUAUUAACCCAGGUUCAGGAAGCCGAGAUUCGCAGAAACCACACAAUCAUUCAAAGUGCAACACAAUUUCAUUAUUCAUUUCCGUUAUUUAUUUCACAAUGACAACCAAUUCAGUUUUCGUUGAUGUACAGCGAAUACUACAGUGUAAGUCAGUAAAAAUGCUGAGAAAAAUUUAGUCAGGAUACAAGAAAAAAAUAUAGGAAUGUCAGGGGCUGGGGGUGUUAGUGUUCCACACUGGAUUAAAAUUAAGUCAUGUAUGAUGUAUCUAUAUAAUCUAUAAUGUUUUGUAUAUAAUUAACAUGCUCUACUGUAGAAAAGGUGGAAAUUGUCAUAGAGAGAUGCUGCAGUCCCCUACAGUGAUUUUUGACAUUAUUGAGGAGAUUGAGGUUUUAGUAUGUGCAAUGCAACUUAAAUUAAUGUUCCAGCCCUUGCCUAGCCUCUUCAGCAGGCAACUAGUCUCCUCAGCAGACAAAUUUAACAGAUUGAGAGGUGCUACAGCAAAGAAAACUCUAUUGGUCCACACUGCAGUAUAUAGCUAUCCCUCAUGAUCCCCUGUUGCCCCCAUUAUCAUUCUCAGUAUUCCAUUGCAAGAUAAAAACUAAAGAUACCCCUGCAAUGUUAUAAACAAGCUUUCAUUGGUAGGGAUGUAACCAUACCUGAAAAAUAUAAAUUAUUAAGGAAAAUUGGGGGUCGGGAAAAUUACACGAGCUUUUAUACUUAAUAGUACCUAUUAUACUUGGUACCUUUUAUACUUAGUACCUGUCUGGAAGCUGGGCUCGCCUGCUAAGCAAGACAGCCCAGGCCAGCAAGCGAGAUCUCGCUGUGUAGUUAUUUUUAUAGUAAAAUUUAUUGUCCGUUUAUAUGGACAAUCGGGCUGGCCCGAUUGCCAAGAUCUCGCUUGAAAGAGGCGAGAUCUUGUUUAUCGGGAUGGAAAUUUCUCCAUAUACAAUAAAUACUCACAAGCAGGCUAGCCCGGUUGAAAGUUCAAAGAUGCCGCCGCAAGCUAUUUUUAACAACUGUCAAAACAACAAAAUUGUCCGGCAAGCGGGAUGAAAUUUUCUCAUAUAUAAUUUAAACACAAGAUGUUAAGAGAAAUGCAUCCCGCUUACCAGGCUGUCUUGCUAAGCGGGCCAGUCCGGCCUCCAUAUAAACAGGCCCUAAGAAGUAUAAAAGCGAUCAUGCUACAAAAAAACAAUCAUCAGGGGCCGGUUCUAUAAAACUCUUAAUCACUUUUUUAAUCACUAUUUUGUAGUUAAAUAGCGAUUAAUAUGUGCUUCUUAUUUAAUCACUUUUUUAUACAACCAGCCCCAGAAUAGAUGGAUUUAAUCAAAACAAAGUAUAAAUAAGAAAUGUAAAUACAGAAUAUAAUAUAUAUUAAUGUCUAAUGAGAAAACUAAAGGCAGCAAAUACAACAAAAUAUAGGGACACGACUAUAAUUCGAAAUAAUGUGUGUAAAUGUGUUGUUAUCAGCAAAUUGAAUGUCGGAAAACUUGUGAAGACUUUCCACGUUGCACAUGCUUGUAUAUACAGACACGCAAGGAAUAGUCUUAAAAAACAAUCUUUCCUUUUAAUGUAGUCCAAAGAGCGCACUCGAAGUGCUCACCUUGACAAUAAAUGUUAUAGGGCGAUGAUAAACAUCGUACGUGUUUUCGCCAGCCUGUGACAGGGGUCUCUUUAAUUAACUUUUUUUGAGUGGGAAGAUGAAGAGCUAAAUGAAACCCACUUGUAGAUGGGGUACCAAAUUUAAGAAUCGUCGCUGGUACGGGGUAGUAUGAAAGUUAGGGUUAGGGUAGAAUUGCCCCGCCAAACCGACUGGCUCAAUAUAAUUUCCAGAAUUGGCAACAUACAGCAAUAUAAAUAUACCUGCAGAAAGAUACCUUCACACUGCGACUAUAUCACAGUAUAGGAAAACUACAGUAGGGCCACUUAGCGUGAAAAAGUGUCCACAUUGUUUACUGGCUGCCAACUGAAUUUACAUAUUGGCAGCCAGUAAACGGCAGCAGUUCACUAUAAAAUUGUAUUACAGAGUAAUGAUUUUGGCCGCGUAAGGCACCUGGGACCUAGCUUAAAUAAUUCCCACUUUUCUCUCCUCUAAGUGGCCCUACUGGUUGUCUCCCUAUACUGUGACUAUAUCCGAAACUUACAAUUGGCUUUUAUACUCUCGAGGCGGAUCAAAAUUCCCGAAUUCUGAUUGGUCCAAACGAAGUCUGUCGUCUGCGAAGACACUAUGAUAUCGAAUCAAAAAAUGAUGACUUCAGCAUAGUUACAUAGGCAUAAUUAAUUAAUUACCCUACAUGACGUUUCACGAUGUUAGGGUGUGGCCAUAUUGUUUGUUUCUCAGUUAAAUGAAAUCAACAGACAUUCAAUGUUCGAACUGAUCAUUUUAAAUGAUACAUCUUUGAUGUAAAAUGUAGUGUGGAUACCCUGGCCCAGAGGUUUUUACGCGAAAUGCGAGAAAACGCGCGAAGAAAAAGGAAAAACCUCUGGUGAAUUUGUUGGCGAUACCUGGUUCGGAUAAAGAAUGCAAAAAAUGUAUAAUUGCUUAAUGCAUCAUAUUCUAAAAAUAUUAUCCAAUCAUUAUCCUUGACGCCAGGGGCCGUCUAGACAGGGUUUUAUCGCAUGUUUACUGUCUAGUGUAUGCCUGUAUGGCGCUUUUUCGGGUUCAAAAUGCAAUACUUUAAAUUUGUCGAUAUCUGUCUUUGGAAGAGUAGCUAUUUGACGUGUAUAUAUGAAUUUGUCGAAUAAAAGUUCCAUAAAUUCUUGAAUUUGUCGAAUUAAAAUAAACAACUGUUCAUGAAUUCGUCGAUUGUUUAAAUUCUUCGAUAAUGCCUUGCGACCUUGGGGACUUGAGCCCGCAGAUCUCAAAGUAUUAAUAAAGAAAAUGAAACGUCAUUUAAUUUUACAUAGAAUUUUCACAAGAUUCUGACAAGAUGGCGCAGGCGAAUGAUGAAUAUUAAAGUUUGUAUGCAUCUAGAUUAAGGCAGUCCCUUCUUGAUCUGCCCAGAAGAUUGCAGUCCAGUCCAGACGAAGAAGUUGUAGACUUCCUUAUAUAUCAUUCGCCUGGAACAAAUAUGUGGUCACUUGACUCGAAUGGGAAACAGAUUUAACUCAACCUUCCAUGCUAUUUCAGAAGUUAUUUCACUGCUUCGAAAUUUAAAUUUAGAAAACAGAACAACUCUUCCCAAUGUGUUAGAACAAAACAGAGCUAGCUCUGUGGGAAGACCGAAAUUUGUUAUCACCAGAGACAUUUGUUGUCCAGCAGGAACAGAAACGAUGCUAUUUAUAGCAGCUGUAAUAAGUUUUUCUGCACAGUCUCUCAGAAUAAUAAACGUAUAUAAAUGAAUAAUGCAAGAACGGCGAACAAACGAAACACGUGUUUAUGGAACACUUCAUGUAAUUCUAGUCAAAAUAAAUCCGAGAUCUGCGGGCUCAAGUCCCCAAGGUCGCAAGCACUGAGCUAUAAUAUUACAGUUAUAGUAUAGCUCAGUGGUCGCAAGGCAUUAUCGAAGAAUUUAAACAAUCGACGAAUUCAUGAACAGUUGUUUAUUUUAAUUCGACAAAUUCAAGAAUUUAUGGAACUUUUAUUCGACAAAUUCAUAUAUACACGUCAAAUAGCUACUCUUCCAAAGACAGAUAUCGACAAAUUUAUAGUAUUGCAUUUUGAACCCGAAAAAGCGCCAUAAUGCCUGCCCAUUUGUAGCAAUAUUCAUUCUCCUAAAUUUCAUUCAAUUUAAAACAUCACAUCUAUUCAAUUUAAUAUAAAUAUAUAUUUAUAUUCAUUCACUUUAAUCUUGCAAUAUACAUUCAAUUUAAUCCUGCAAUAUACAUUAAAAAAAACUGUAUUUUAUAAAUUUAUUAAACACACCUCUUUGGGCCGACGUGAACUUUGUCUGUUAAUACAAAAGCAAGCAAAUUUGUCUUGUAGAUUUCAAAUGAAACGAUUGAAAUUAUUCCUCUCCAUUUCGCAUUUCGAAUAAUAGACUCGGGAUUACAAAAUGCGAAUGCAAACUCUCCAUCUAGUAUUGCUUUCUCGUCCUCUUCGUUUGACAGUGAAGUAACACGGCAUCCACGCUUUCUUAGUUCACGGACGUGAGAGUCAAUGAAAGAGUUCAAUUUGCAAACGACUAUUAAGAUGGGUUUCUCCAGAAAAUUGUGGCUUUUGCCAAGUCGUCGUGCUACUCUCGGUGUUAGAACUUUGGAAUAUUAAACUCUUCCCAUAACCGAUAGCAAGAUGCAAAUAGAUCUUUAAUGUGAAUCAAAUUGGACAAGGCGCGGUAUUGAUGCUCCGUUAAACUUUUAAUUCAGGAAAUUUAUCAAUCUAUCUAUUAAUGCAGCCUAUAAAACAGCUUCUUUCAACUUUUGUUCGUUUAUUUAAUAAUAUAGACAUUUCAAAAUUCAAAUGUUUCAAUUCAAUCAAAACACGAAACGCCUGCGAACAGGCUAUGAUGUUUACAAUAUCCAAUCAGAACACGUAAUCUAUCGAACCUAUAGUCAGCAACCAAUCAACUUCUAGGUUCCAAUUUUGAAAGUUAUGUGUGGAAUGUGACCCCAAAAACCCAGCCAAUUUCACCAGAGGGUUAUUCAAAACAGGCGAAAAUAAAUACCCUCUGGUUCCAGGGUAUAGUGUGGAUUGCAUACCCCUGAGAUUGCAUACCUCAUGGAUUCAUGAUGCACAAAUUGUACAAUUGGCUAUUUACAUACUCAUUUUACUUUGUUCAGCAAAGCAAGACAAACUUUUAGUUUUGAUCGUUUCUUAUUUAAUUUUCAUCCAAAUUUGACCAUAAUUCAUUCAAUCUGUCCUUGCUCAAUGCCCAUCACUCAUCAGGCAUUAUACUGCUUUUGUUCUACAAAUGGGAUUUCCUGAAUCUCAGAUUAGCUAUUUCCAGCAUUUUGAGGAGUGUUCCAACAAGAAAUUAACCUUAUAAACAGUGACAUAAUUACUGCGAUUUUAGUCUCCCAAAUGUAAUCCAGUCCCAAUAAGGCAACAUUAUGUGAUGAAGCGGUAAUUAAAAUGUGCGUGGUAUAGUAUUACCAUUGGUCGUUUUUAUACUAGAGACGCAUUAUGCGUCUGGACGCAUAAUCCGUCUUCUACAUUAUUCGUCUAGUAUAAAGACGGGACGAAUAAUACUAGACGAAUAAUGUAGAAGACGGAUUAUGCGUCCAGACGCAUAAUGCGUCUCUAGUAUAAAAACGGCCAAUGCGACGAACUAUCAACAUUCAUUGUUCGUCUGGUUAUGCGUCCUCCGAGUAUAAAGACGGCACAAGACGCAUUAUGCGUCUAGACGAACUAUCAUCGGUUGUGCGUCUCUUAAGACGAAGAAUCGAACAUAGUUCGUCUAGACGCAUAAUGCGUCUUGUGCCCGUCUUUAUAUACUAAGGACGCAUAACCAGACGAACAACAAAUGCUUGCCCAAGUUCGUCCAGACGCAUAAUGCGUCUCUAGUAUAAAAACGGCCAUUCACCACACUUCAAAUUCUGCAGUACUUUAUUACAUGUAUUGGGGUACUUGACAUCGACACAUUCUUCUUCUCAGUGUCACUGAAGAGCAAGAUAGAGUGGUCUCUUUGGAGUACCUUUGCUUGCAAAAACUAAACAAACUAGAAUUUCGUCCUAAAAUGCCAUUUCAUGCCUUUUUCCACGAGCAAAUUAUUUCAGCCACGGUUUAGGUUUCUGGCGAUAUUUAAAUUUCAGUCCCCAAAUUCCUACCGAGUCAACUAGUGACGGGUCUGCAGAUGAUGGUCAAAUUCAGAAAUGUUAUAACAACUUAACACCAUUUUCUCAAUUUGAUAUAUAAUUGCUGGUUGACCACCUACUACAGGUGGUUCUCAGGCACCUUGCACUGGGGGGACAAAAUUGCCGACUUGAGGGGUCAGUGACAGGGCUUGGGGGACCCCAGUCUAUAUGUUAAAAGAGGCCCUGAGCUCAGCUAUAUGCAUUUUCACCGCACACGUUGGGAAAAAUCUCAACAAAAUCAUUUGCAUUUUCCUCCAUUUUGUUCAAAAUGACAUGAAGAAACUAUGGUUUCCCAUUGCCUAAUUUAUUCAGGCAGCUCAGCACUAAGCUCACAACAUCCGUAGACUUUGCAAUUUUUCCUCGCGAGGUGAAAAAUAUCAGACACGAUAGAUAUUUUCCUCUAGGCAUCGAGAGGUCAAAUCCUCUCGAAAACUAUCCGCACACGAGAGAAACCAUAUGAGAGAAACUUGCUGAGCUAGCUGCCACGCGAGGCGGUUAUCUCAUCAAGCUUCUCUCGUGUAUGGCAGGCUGCCCAAAUGCGGAUGAAAACAUAACCUCCUGCCAGUCCUGGCGGAGGUAAAGAAUGUUAUUGGAAACGUUUGUGACAGUGACUAAUAUCCUGUUGUUUUCUCUUCAUAUCAAUUAGAUGUUUUAGUUCUUCAUCAGAUGAAGAAAAUCAAUCAUCAUGUUUAUGGAGGAGAUACAGUGAGUUUGAUAUGCUCAGGAAUUAUUUGCAGACAACAUACCCAGGUGUAAGUAAUAUGCAUAUCCGUGCAGUAAUAGUGAGCGCACUCUUUGCGCACAUUAUGUCUUAUUUUGAAACUGCUUACGAUACCACACAAAUCUGAUUUUCAAGAUAAAUGAGAUUUGAUGGAAAUAACCGCUCCAAGGACGGGGGGUCGUAGGGGGGGGGGCUGUGAGUGUGUUACGUUUCACUGUAAAACAUUAUGGCCAUGGGAAAAUUCCAUACUUUUUUCGAAAGCCUAUAGACAUUUCGGAAUCAUAUAUGUUUGCAGUUUAUUAAAAAUGACAUCUUGAAAAGCGAAUCUAUAGCAGUCGUCUGAUUUUUAAAGCCAGGUACACACGACAGACUUUAGUUGGUCGACGUACGAAUUUAAUCAACGUUAUAAGGGGAAAUGGUUAUUAAUUGAGCCUGUGGACUAGUUAGCUCAUCAUCCAGUGCUUUUGAAGAUUUACCAUACAUCUAAACCAUAUAGUCGAACGACUACCAUCAGAUCGUGUGCGGCUUUGAUAAGACUCCCUAUAAAGUAAUUUAAAUUCAAUUGUCUCGAAGACCGGUCAAAUUCAAUAGUUGAAAGUUAUCUUAUGUGUACUAUAAGAACAAAGUAUCGAUAACUAUGUGUAACGUUUCUAAGGGGAGGGGAGGGGGGGGGGGGUCUCCAGAGAAACGUUCAUAUGACGUUUCUGAUGAACAAAAUCGAUAUGUGAGGGUUCCUUAAGAUGAGUGCGCAGUGAUGUCACGGAAUAGUCAGUGGCCGUACACACGAAUAGUUUUCCUUGAAAAGCUGGCAUAACUGGCUUUUGAACAUAGCAGAUGAUAACUACAAGCGUGAAAUCCCAAAUCUGAAAUCCCAUUUAAAAAACCUAUUCUACGUUAUUAUUUUAUUUUAUUAUUUAAGACAGAAUAAUCUAUCCCAUUUUUAGAUAACUUCAUGCACGUAAGCAACUCACUAGUUUUAGUUUUCUUUUUAACAGUUGAUAAUACCUCCACUGCCAGAGAAAAAGGUAUGUCUGUGUGGCAUUUUUAUUGGUUAGAAAAAAAAUAGAUGAAUUUUGACGCUAAUAAAAUACACAAGAAAAAAUUAUUCCGUGCUGACUGGCUAAGAGCAGGCAAUAUCUGCAGUGCAAAUUAAUGAAACAAGAGCAGGGCCUGGAUACGAGGCAGAAAAAAUCAAAAUGGCGCAGCUGAGCAAAUGAAUGUAAAUUUUUAUUUUUUGACGAUUUUUUGUACAAUUUCAAUACAAGGAGCGCAUCGAGCUGAAUCGCUUGUAAUUUUUUCAUGUAUAUCAUUAAUAAGUAACAGUAUGGUUUCUCGUCGAAUUUGGAAAGACGUACCCUCGCGACCAUAACUGGAUUCGCAACCAUAUACGAUUACCCAUACUGCAGAUAUCUUACAUUGUCUAAUGUACAUAUGUAUCACUUGAACGUUUGAUUAUAGCUCAGUUUAAACAUAACUAUACUACUAUGAUGUUGGUUACUUAGAAUGGACGUUUAUCAGCUUUAUCAGGGCCUGUUUAUAUGAGCCCAGCACAUGAGCCACAUGUCAUAUAAAUAUCAUUAUGUAUUCACGUUGGCUGUAUACCCACAAAUUAUUAGGCAUGCAUAUAGCGCGUUCACCAGUUACCUCAAUGACUUACAUCCUCUGCGGAGGAGAGUGGUAUUAGCCCAUAUAGUUCGUUAAUACCUUUUUUGAUACACCCUGUGCAAGAUUUAAUUACAGCUUAUAUUUUUUUAUUGUAGUCAAAUUUAGCAGCAUUUCGACUGAAUUCUGAUAACUAUAAUAUGGAAUUUGUGGAAAGGAGGAGAAAUGGUCUUGAGGUGAGUGAUUAAAUAUUAGUGAGCUUACACCCGUUUUCAAAAUUACGCGACCUCCCUGAAAAAUACUCUUACUUCAAAUGUCAGUUUUAUGUCACAAAAACUGCUAAAAAUAGCAAACGUAAACAAACUGUCAAAAGGCAUUUUAAACCGUAUUUAAUACCAAAACUGAACGAAAAUGAGUGAGAUAACUUAGAUAUACAAGCUAAAGCACAAUACAAACCAUCACAACAGAAAUAUGUGCCGUGAAUAACUUUUAAAGUUUGAAAAAUAACAAUUUAUCCCGGAAUUUAGCUGUCAGUAUAAAACACGCGCGCUAGACUAUAACGGUGAUGUUAUGAUUUUGUUUGUGCUUAAAUUUUGCAAUAAUUCUCACUAAAAUAUCUUGAAAAUCAUUGUAAGGCUGUUUAUAUAAAGCAUACAAAGCAUAUACAUCGACAAGGGAACCGCAAAACUCAAAGUUUAAACUUCGUGACCGAACGACAUAAAACUGACAUGUCAACUCGAGCAUUUUCGUCCUUGGUCGCGUAAUUUUGAAAACGAGUGUAAGCAAGCGAUGUUUUUGUCAACACGGACACAGAAUAGGAAGUUAUACCAGAAGCGUAACUCUAGUCCUUUCCCUUAUUGUUUGACGUCCACGAAAAUUUUAACUCGCUCACGUCAGGCCACGCCAUCCUGGCUAGCACAGCCGGAAGUUUUUAUCAGGGUUUGGUAGGUACAAAGUGCCGGUUGUACUAGCCAGGAUGGCGUGAUUGAUGACGAAUCGCUUGUAAAAACGCGGACAAAUAUUUGCUCGAGUUACGCUUCUGGUAUAACUUCCUAUUCUGUGACACGGACGUCACCCGAAAAUUCGUAUAACUAAUUUUGGCGCCAUUUUCAAUCAUAACGCUUGUAUAACAAAGCAAAAAACUUUAAAUAUCAUAUGUUUUGUGAUAUGUAUUGAAGAUUAGCACAAACUGACACAAACACAGUUUUUAAUGCCCCCCCCCCGUCUAUCUGACGUCCGCUUUGACAAACCAUUAUACUUUCCGAACAUGAAGUAUUAAAGUAGUUGUCAUGGUAACACGAUAAUUUUAUUAAGAAUAUUUUUAUAAUUGAAAAAUCCCCUAAAAAUAUCACUUUUAAUUACAAAAUUAUCACUUUCCUAUAUAUAUAUGAUAUGUUCUACGUAAUAUAAGCUUCAAUUUGUAUAAGUAAUCGCAUGGGGCCGAGUAAAAUUAAAGUUUAAUUUCGCGAAGCGAUGAGGGCAAUUUGUGAAACUUUGAAAACACAAGUGAAAUUAAACCUUAAUUUUACGAGGAACUGUGCGAUUUCUUGUUAAUCAUAGAGGGCAAUUUAUUCGUAAGUUAAUUGUGAACUUGUCGAGUUCUUGAACCUCGUAUGUCUCCAUGUCUUCGCCGAUGUUCCUUAAUCCUGUUUUAAUGUAAGUUUUUCCUCAUUAAUUGCAGAUCGUGUUGUCACUUUAUCAAUUUUCUACAAGGUUGCCACUCACGACUUGUUAAUUUUAUUAACAGGUUGACGUCUAAUUGUAGGAUAAUAACAAGUCUGUCGAGUCAACAACCUUAUAGCAAACAUUGUUAACAAGCUGCGAACAAGCACCUUGGGAUGACUCGUUUAGAGUAUGGAGUACCAGUACAUUGAACCCCCCCAUACAGGGGUGCAUGUAAUUAUCGUCUGCCCCCCCCCCCCCACCCCCGCGGGUAGACGGCAAUAAUAUGAGGGGUUUGAGGGAAUAAAAAAGUGAGAGGUUUGAGGGAAGAAAUGACCCUAAAUGUGGAAUAAAACGGGAGAGGAAGAAAAAAUAGAAUUAAAAUGCUCUAUAUAUUAAAAUAGAAUUAAAAAAUAGGCGCAUACAGACCGAACGCAAUUCGACAACGCGACGCGGAUUUUCAGUUUUUGAAAACAAAUAAAACCGUCAACAGAUAAAAAUUUUACAAGAUAUGCAGACUAAAUAGCUAAAAUUGCUUAAGUGGUUCUGAAUAUUUGAAAAACAUAGAAAAAUAUUGAAGUUAAAUGUCAUUGAAAAAUUGAAAAUUCGCGUCGCGUUGCCAAAUCGCGCCCUGUCUGUAUGGGCCUUGAAGAUGUUUGAAAUUUUCUUCCAGCUGCACAAUUCUUGUUUUUCUCUUAGUAAGAAUGUCCUUCUCUUAGUAAGAAUUUCCCCUCAAAAAUUGCAAUAGUAUGAAUAAACAAUUGGCAGCUUAGCGUCGCCUCUCGUCAAAGUGUUUACUAUUCCUGAUCAUGCAGUAUCCAGUUAUCAACUUUUUCGUCAGACCGCUCCUGGACAGAGGCCCUUCCCAAAUUUGGAGGUGCGAUGAAGUAAUCCUUCUGGUAACUGUAUACACCCCUGCCCACAUUUGAGGUAUGGUGUUUUGUUACUUACAAUGUAGUCUAAAUAUUCAAUAUUUAUAGUUCUUCUUACAUCGCAUUGCAAAGCAUCCACAACUUGGCUUGGAUGAAUACUUCAAGUCCUUUCUUACACAGGUAAAUAAGUUAGUUACAGAAUAUUUUAAGGCCUUUCUACACGAUACGAUUAGUCUUAUGCGAUUGUCAUUCUGGCGUAUUUACGUCGAAUUUUUUUAGACGUUAAUAUUAGAAUCGUAUAGACAUUUUUAGGCGUUAGAAUAAGAAUCGUGUAGGUAAGGCUUAAGGGUUUUUGUAGAUAAAAAUUUAAAACAAAAAUUAUAUUUUAUUUUUACACUUUACCAGAAGCAUGCAGCUGCCAAAACGUACAACCAUACGGAUCCGAACGGUCCUCCGGCAGGAACCAAACCUGCAGCGUUGCGACAUUCAAAGAGCGUUUAUUUUGUAAAUCUAGAUUUGGAUUUUUAGGAUUCGGAUUUUUUGGGUUAGUUAAACAAAUGGAACGAAUUGUGAGAAUCGGAAUUCGCCUGCUGUUUUCCCGCCAUUUUUACAAUAUACAAUUACUUUAUGGUUUCCAUGUUUGGAUAGCCUUAUCCAAACACAUGGAUCAGGCCAUCCAAACACGGAAACCAUAAAGUAAUUGUAUAGUAAUUGUAUAUUAACUCGAGAAACAUUCCCAUGCAAGUGUUUGGAUCAGGCCAUCCAAACACGAAGAUCAGGCCAUCCAAACACGGAAACCAUAAAGUAAUUGUUUUAUAAAAUAACAACUGCAUGUGUCCGUGUUAAAAUUUCACAUUAAAAACUUUCACUUUAAAUUUCCGUGUUUGGAUGGCCUGAUCCAAACACAGGUUUCGACCAAUCAGCACGCGUUAUAUACAUGUUAUUUUAUAAUAAGUUUUCUGUCCCACUAUACCUUUCGGUCGGGUCAAGGUGCAUGCAUGCUAGAAGGGCGAAAGCUCAAAAGCAACGUUGCGUCCUAAUCAAGUUUCAGAUUGAAUCCGAAAAAUCCAUAUGUUGAGGUGGAUUCAUCAGAUUCCAAUUUAGAAUCUAUUUUAAGAUUUUGUUAAAUGAAACUGAAAAUCGAUAAUUGGAUUUGAAGAUCCAAUCGAUAAUCGAAUUUGAAUAUCCAGAUUGCACUAAAGAAACGCACCCUCAGUCACAGAGCAUUAAUCAUACAGGUUGCCUCCAUAGACCAAUUCGAAAAAUAGUUGUCAAUCUUUUUUCUUGCGAAACAGCGGAAUUAAUUUCAACCAAGGUAAUCACUGCCGCCUUAUGGAGUACUUCCAAACUAACAGUUUUACAAAGUACUGUAUAAUUGUAAUACCAUUGGGAAAUUAAAUCAUAAAAAUGUCGAAGUUUAUCCUAGAUUUAGCAAUCAAGCCUGACUUAGUGGUGCUUUUUGCACAUUCCAAAGGGCUAUAAUUUUGCUUGUGUGGAUUGCUUUUAAUCUUAAACUUUUACACUGUGCCUUAAAUAAGUUAACAGUCUCUGUUGAAAACUAAAAUAAUGCAAAGUUGUAAUAGCCAGGUUUGGAAUCGAUCAAUUCAUUAUUUGUCAAACUUUAACUGUAUACAGUAUAUCAAUGAUUAAUUAUUAAUUACUAUAUAGCAAGUAUCAAAAGACCGUAUAUAAUAUAUCAUGUUCUGGUACACAAAACGUCAUGUUCACUGCUUGCUUUGGUGAGGGGGUAUUAACGGUCAACCACGAAACAACUCAGUAUUGACCGGUCAAUAAUAAAACCGGAAGUGAGGCGCAAGCUGAUCGCGCAAAGUUCUUUCAAGAGUUACAUUAGGUAAAGAUUGUUCCUCAAGCUUUGUAUAUUCAGGAAUCGAACCCGUUGGGAGUUCAGAUAUUUUCUGCAUGAAUAUACAAAGCUUGAGGAAUAGUCUUUACUUCACAACAUGUACUAGACAUAGUAUAUGAAUACACAAACACAAGAUAUUAAUCUAUUAUUAUUAAGCGAUAAAGACAGGCUUCUACCAAGUUUCGGAAUACCAAGUGAUCCCCGAGGGCAACAACGGCGGUCGAGGGGCCACCAAACACGCUGUUUCCCGAUAUCUCAGUAAAUAAGAAAUAAUUGUUGCAUUUGUGAAUUGUAGGAAGAAGUUUGGAAAGAAUCUAUUAUUGCUACUGGAUUUCAAAGCAAGGUAGGCUGCUUUGAUUGUGUGUCUCGAAAGCCGUUGCCAUGAGUUGAACCUGUCUUGGAGCCUGUUCAUAUGAGCGGGGGCUUUUUAAAUAAUUAAAAUUACUAUAUUUGUUUAAUUUAGGCGGAUUCAAAAUUGAAGAGUUUAAGUGCAUCAUUCAGUGUCAAGAAACCAGAUAAGUAUGUGGAAGCCCGCAGGCUUUAACUGUAUUUUUGAAUUCUCAACAGAGAAAUUAAGUGCGCGAAAUAUUUUCGUCCGUGACAAUAUAUCUCGUCUGACAUGGAGGACGUGCAAUGUUCAGUUGUUGACGGAAUUUGUACAUGGAAAUUUCAAGUGGAAUUUUUAUACAUUUAUUAGAUCCAAGCAGGACCAGUUGCGAAAAAUGCAACUGUAGGCCCUCUGCCAGGAAUCGAACUUACGGCCCUGCAUGCGAUUAGGGACCGGUCAUUAUUUAUGGAGGGCGGGGAGGGGAAUUUUUUCUUUUCUAAAUUUUUAAAAUUGAAAGCCCCCCUAAAAGAGCAGAAAUUUAAUAAUGACCGGUCCCUUAUGGUGCAGUACUGAGGGCCGUAGCUAGCAUGUAUUGUAUGUGUGUGGGGGGGGAAGGGAGGGGGGAGGGCAAAAAUUUCGGAAACACGAAAAAAAAUUUCCGAAUCUUUCAUGGCAUACGAAGUCACGAAGGUGUUUGCUAUCCGGAAAUUGAAGACGCAAUAAAUUAUAAAUGUUAAAGCCGUUUUUUAUUAUAGACGCGCAAUUAGAAUAUCAAGGUAUCAUGAUUACAUUAUAAUAAUGAAGUAUAUAAUGUAAUAAGUGUCACAACAAUGCCACAAUGGCUAUAUUGUGCGGCAGCAAUUGUUUAUGUUCGCAAAAGUUUCCAUAAAACGUAAUGAAAACGGCAUAGCAGGCAUGAUAAAUAUCACAAAUUUAUUCGUCGGUUGGUCUUCAUAAAUUUCAAUGAAUCUUCAUUUCUCCACCAGUAGGUCUAGGUCCACGCUGUCUGUAAUGCAUUACCGAUUUACGAUUUGUAAAUUGUUAUCCAUGUAAAUGCCAUGAUUUCCUAAAUCAGUUUAUACUGACAAAAAAAUUCUAUAAUGUUUUCUCUGUUUAACAACUAAACUUUCGUUAUACUAUUAUUGCCGUAAUUUUCCGAAUGGCCAACCCGAUUUUCCGAAUAUGUUUUAAAAUUCUGAAGAAGUUGGGGGUGGGUUUUAACAUACUUUUUAAGUUUGUUUGCCGCUUGAGAAAAGUAUCAAACUGAAAUGUAAAAAAUUGAAUAUAGUAACAUGCAAAAGCAUAUUCAUUAGUUUUGAGCGCGUAUUACGUGAGAUACUAGAAAAUACAUGCAUGCAGAAACCCUCGCCUUGCUGACAAAACCAUUGUAUUUUUCGAACAUGAAGUAUCGAAAGUAGUUGUCAUGGUAACACGAUAAUUUUUUAAGAAUAUUCUUACAAAUGAAAAAUCGCCUAAAAAUAUCACUUUUAAUUACAAAAUUAUCAAUUUCCCAAACAUAUAUACGUUAGGUAUGUUAUUAUGCGUAAUAUAAGCUUCAAUAUAAGAUAAAAUUCAACCACAAACGCUUUGCAAAACGUUUUAAAGUGUUCUUUAUAAAACUAAACUGCCUUUAAUUACAUGGCUUUAUAGAUAAACUUUGAGUUUGCAAUAAAAUGAUUUCAAAUUCUCGCAUGCAAAUAACUUUGCUUUCUUUUUUAAUUAAUUCAACAUACUGAAAAAAGGGAAUCAAUAUUAAAAGAUACACUGAAAUUAUUAUGCUAUCUUGUUUUAUAGUUGUUUCAAAAACGCAAAGGCCGUCGGGUUUUAAAACAAUUAUAAAAUCAAUAUUUAAAACAAACUUACCUUUGUUAACGUCGGCUCCCUUCUUUUAGCCGAUUCUUUCUCCCUUUCUUUCUUGAAAUUUACAAAAUCUUGCAAAAAUGCGGGCAAAAAUGAGAUAUAUUUGCAAGAAAUUUAUCAAUCAUCAAAUCAAGAAAUGUUUGCUAUUUCGCUGUCGUCAUGCAGUCGUUAUAAUGCAAACUUUAAAUUGGAGCAAUCAGUGUUCGCUAUUCAUGACUGUCCGCCAUAUUUUUGAGAUCAGUGAGGAUGACCACCCACGCACAGUGACCCACGCUCGCGAUAUUUGAUGAACUUUAGACUUCGUUAAUGCUUUCGUUUCCCCGGGUGUAAAUAGCCGGGGGGAAUUAGUACCCUCGCACGGCGCUUCGCGCCAUCGGCUCGGGGACAAAAGAUUCUCCUCUUAACAAUUCAACACUUUGACAUGUGUAUAUUUAAUACUUCCAGUCUGAGUUACAUGUUAUGAUUCAACUGUAAUAUAUCCCGACGCAAAACGUACCAUCUGGAUGCACAGGGCUUAAAAAUUAAAUCGGAAAUGCUGUACGAGGUCGUACGUUCUGUACUAAGAUGACGUACGAAUCGAUGUUGACUUCGUAUCAUCGUAUCAGCCAAAAAUAUAGCACUUUUAUAAUAUCGCAGUUAUAUAGUUAUUACUUAAUCAUUUUCACUUCGUAUCAUCGUAUCAGCCAAAAAUAUAGCUUACCCAGACUUUUAUAGUGGCGCAAAUAUAUAGUUAUUACGUAAUCAUUUUCACUUCGUAUCAUCGUAUCAUGAUAACAGGUGAGGUCUUCAAAAGUGGACGGGUAUUCUGCAAAGUGUACGCGAUCGUAUAUAUGUCUGAAAUUCUUGGCGUACGCCAAACUAAUUUCGGCGUACAAUCGUACAUCCGUACGCCUGUUUUUUAAGCCCUGAUGCAUAGUCGAGACUCUGGAUUGGCUUAUUUAGACUACGUUUACACUAGAGCAAAAGUUUCCAGAUUUGUAAAAGUAUACCGAUUCCUUCUUUUUCAAGUAUACGGAUCCGUGACUCCGUGAGGCGUUUACACUACACAGCCCGCUUACACAGCGGUGGUCAAUAUAUGUCGGAACUGAACGGAAUUACGUGUCUCGCGUGUGCUACACGCGAGCACACGGAAUACUAAUUAUGUAUGUAGCGGGAAAACAACAGCGAGAGUUUUAUCAAUAUAUUUUUUAUAUUCUGAGUUUUCAGUGAUUUUUAUUGUGAGUAGAGUGACUUUUUCGCAGAUACAUACCGGGGAGGCAGGUACUUUGCGAAACGUGGCACCUUCGAGACGGGAUUUAGUGAUAUUGUUGUUAUAUUCGACGAUUUUUUGGUGAUUUUAAACGCGAUUGUUUACGAAUGGCAGACGCCAACGCGAUGUCGACGUUCGACGUUAAAUUAAAACAACUUCUGAUGACGUGCAAGCGAACUGAUUCGGUGCUCGAUUCUAAUAAAGAUACUGCGAUUAAACGACAACUGGAAGCUUUAAAAGCGUUAACAAACGAGGUAGAAACAUCGAGACGAGGCGUAGAAGCGUUGAAAAUCGAACAAAAAGUGAACGAGGACGAAGUCGCUACGUGGAAUUCUCAAGUAGAGACUGAGCUAGAGAAAGCAGACGACGAUGUGAAGCGCUUAGAGAAAUGGCAGGACGAUUGCAAACUGGAAAAGGAGAGAAAUGCUUUCGAAGAGAAAUUGAAAUACGAGGUAAAACUACAUGAAACUAAACUAAAACUCGAGUCCGAACAUCAAACGAAGUUGGAAAGUGGAAGUUCGUCGAAGGAAAUUCAUGCCAAGCAAGUGGAAGCGAAACUACCAAAACUCGUAAUAUCAAAAUUUGACGGAAAUUACAUGGAUUGGCAACGGUUUUGGGGUCAAUUCACCGAAUCGAUUGAAAAAUCUGGUUUAGCAAACAUUGCCAAAUUUUCAUAUCUGAGAGAACUUCUUGGAGACAAUGUCAGACGUGAAGUUGAGUCCUUACCAUUUACAUCGGAAGGCUACAAUCGAGCAAAGGCUAUAUUGGAGGAAAAAUAUGGCAAAGAAUCAGAGUUAGUGAAGUCUUAUGUGAAAGAAAUUUUGAGCUUACCAUACAUUUCGACAGCGAAUUCGAAGAAAAUUGCCGAGUUUAGUGACAAACUGACAUAUUGUGUCCAGUCCCUGCAGUCGCUCAAGAAGCUGGACGAAGUGAAGGGUCUUACUAUGGUUACCAUUGAAAAGUUGCCAGGUAUACGGGGUGAUCUUGUAAGAUCUGACAGUGAUUGGGAGACAUGGAAUCUUGAUCAGCUAGCAGAAGCAGUGCGACUUUGGAUACGGAGAAACCCAGUUGAUCAUAGUCGAGAUGAUCAAACGAAGAAGCGUCGAGAACGAGAGAGAAUGUACCUCACCAAUCGAACUGACAAAUCUCGAGGGUGCAUCUACUGCGACAGUAGUGAGCACAAAGCUGUUGAAUGCACUAAAGUUACUGCCGUAGCUGACCGGAAACAGAUUUUGGCGAAGAAGCGAUUGUGUUUCAACUGUGCAGUUGGGACUCAUCGGGCCGCACAAUGCCAAAGCAAAACAUCAUGCCAAACUUGUCAUAGGAGACAUCAUACAUCAAUAUGUGACAAAACUCAGCCGGAAGAGAUCAAGAAAGUGGUAUUAACACCAAGUGGAGUGGGGGAAGGAGUUUUCCCAGUGGUUUUGCUUAAAGUGGACGGAAUCAUAACGAGAGCACUGAUCGAUACAGGAGCCGGCAGCUCUUAUAUCUCAGCUAAAGUCGGAGAUUUGCUGAACAAGAAACCCUCGGAAGCUUCAACCAAACGUAUCGAGAUGUUAAUGGGCUCUCACCUUACGAGAAUGGAAACGUAUGAUGUUAUUGUUCAAUCCCUUGACAACUCCUUCAAAAUGGAUGCAAAGCUCACAAAAGUUGACAAGAACGAACUGUUGUCGAUAGAAAAUCCACAGUACGAACACGUUAAAGCCAAGUAUCCCCACCUAGCACAAGUCAACUUGACCGACAACGACAAGAAAGACCAAUUACCGAUUCAUGUUAUUUUAAGCGUGGGUGACUAUGCGAGAAUUAAGACCAACCGACCACCAGUGGUAGGUGAAGCUGGAGAACCUGUUGCUGAAUACACCAAACUGGGAUGGUUUAUCAUGUCGCCCGGAAAUGAAAUCGACCGACAAACCAUGUUUCUUACCCAGACCAGCCAUGUAGAUUAUGAGGAACUGUGUCGUCUUGAUGUGUUGGGGCUCAAAGAUUCCACAGAACACGAUCAGGACAUAGUGCAUGCAGAGUUCAAGGAACAAUUACAACGAUCAGCUAGUGAAGGAUGGUACGAGACAGGACUGCCCUGGCGGAGCAAUCAUCCCCAUCUGCCGGCCAACAAACACGGAAGUCUCCGUCGUCUGAGUAGUCUAACAAAGAAGUUGAAGCGAGAUGGGCACAUCGAAGAAUACGACGCGGUUAUUCGAGCACAACUCCAAGAAGGCAUUGUGGAAGAGGCACCUACAACGGUCACUGAUAAAGAGUUCUACAUCCCUCAUAAGGGCGUGGUCAAGGAGUCAUCAGAGACAACUAAAUUGCGAGUCGUCUACGACGCUUCAGCGAAAGAAGACCCAUCAUCACCUUCCCUAAAUGAAUGUCUAUACCCUGGCCCACCCCUCCAGAAUAAGCUUUGGGACGUAUUGAUACAGCAGUCGGGAACUACACAGCAGUUGGUGACAGCAAAGAGUCUGCUAGCAAAGAGAAAUUUGUCGGUUCCACGUCUGGAACUGGUCGGGGCUCACAUGGCGACAAAUCUUCUAGUGAAUGUUCGUGACGCCCUACCAAAAGAACCGCAACCGUUGAUGUUUGCAUGGCUUGACAGCACAGUGGCUCUGCACUGGAUAGUUGGUAAUGGGGCCUACAAGCAAUUCGUCGCCAAUCGUGUUGCGAAGAUCCAGGCUCACCCAUCAAUUCAGUGGCAACAUGUUCCAACAAAGGACAACCCCGCGGACAUUGCUAGCAGAGGCGGUCCCAUAUCUUCAUCACUGUGGCAGUAGGGCCCAGAAUGGCUCAGUGACCCAGAAAAAUGGCCAGAUAAUCCGAUCACAAAAUCAUCACCCGAAUCGGCAGCUGAAAACAAGAUUAGUCGAGACCUCGUUUACAUAGCCAAAUCCACCGAAACAACAACAGACGAGUUAGACAAACUUCUCGAAAGAAACACGCUGCGUCGGGCACUGAGAGUGUCUGCGUGGAUAAACCGAUUUAUUCACAACUGCCGUGCUAAAGAAAAGAGAUCAGGACCUUUGGAUACGGAAGAGAUUGAGACGGCAAAGUAUUGGUGGAUCAGACGCGUUCAACUCCGAGACACGGUCGAACAACAUUAUAAGGAAACCAGCGCGCAACUUGGUCUUGAGACGAACGAUCGAGGAAUUAUAGUAUGUAUCGGAAGAAUGCAAGGAAUCCACCCUAUCUAUUUACCACGGAACGCUGUAUUUACGGAAAAGCUGGUGCAACGUGUCCACUGCGAAACGCUACAUGGCGGUGUCGGACUUACGAUGGCGGCGGUGCGAGAAACAUUCUGGAUCCCUCGCCUUCGAAGCCUCGUGAAAAUGAUACGCAGUCGAUGUUGGGGAUGCAAGAGAUUUCGCCUUACUGCCUUUACAACUCCAGUGGCUGGACAACUACCAGAGGACAGAACCACACCUGGUGCGGCGUUUGAGGUGAUCGGAGUCGAUUUUGCUGGGCCAAUGAAGUUCCGGAAAUCCUCCAAAGCAGAAGGGAAGACCUACCUCGUGAUAUUUGCUUGCAGCUUGUCGAGAGCUGUUCACUUAGAACUGUUGCGGAACCUUGAAACCAGUACCUUCAUCGUGUCUUUGAAACGAUUUAUCGCUCGGCGAGGACGACCACGCGUAGUUUAUUCCGAUAAUGGCGGCGCGUUCGUCAAAGCCAGCAAAUGGCUGGAACAGUUACGGAAAGACGAGAGUCUACGAGGCUUCGCGGAAGAGUACGAUAUUAAAUGGAAAUUUAACCUGAGUCGUGCACCCUGGUGGGGCGGCCAAUUCAAGCGCCUCAUCGGGGUAGUCAAGUCAGCUAUGUACAAGGUGAUCGGGGGAGGUCAUCUCACUUGGGACGAACUAAGUGAGGUUCUGCUCGACGUUGAAAUUCAAAUCAACCGCCGACCACUGUCGUACGUUGAGGACGACAUCCAGUUACCAACCCUCACCCCAGCUACGUUCCUCCAUCAACGCACGUGCCAACUCCCUAUGGAAGAACCAUGGCGAAUCGAAGAACGAGAACUGAGAAAACGAGCAAAAUAUCUAAUCGAAUGUAAGAACAAGCUGUGGCGGCGUUGGAGAAAAGAAUACCUGGUAGCCUUACGGGAAAGACACAACAUGACCCACAAGAGAAGCAAGUUCCAACCUAAGCCUGGAGACAUACAUACAUACAUACAUACAUACUUUAUUGUGUUCCCUAAAUAGGGAUUUUCAACACUGAUUUACAAAAAAUAAAUGUAGUUCUAUUUACAAGUUUUAGAAUCUAGAAUUUAAAUUAAGGUAAAAAGGUAAGACAUUUGUAUAAAGUUUAACAAGGUAAAAUUAUCUACUUAUAUAUUUGUUCUAGCAUGCUUCGCUUCAGUUCGUUUUUGAAAGUUUUUAGGGAGUCUAACUUUUUGUACUUUAUGUCCAAAUCAUUCCAGAGUGUAACGCCUCUAUAAUGAAAGGACCUUUGACCUGCAGAAGUUUUGUACAAUGGUAUUUGCAGUGAGUCAUGGCUACGUGUAUCUCGUUGAUGAAUGUCAGAACGUUUUGUGAAUAAAUCGCUCAAAUAAUGUGGAGCAAGAUCAUUGACACAUUUGUACAUCAUAAUAGCCUCUCUUAGUAGUAAUUGUUCCUUUACUGGGAGCCAGUUAAGUUCGCGUAAGCCCGGCGAAAUAUGGUCGAACUUUCCAAUAUUUGUUAUUAUCCUGCAUGCAAAAUUUUGUACCAACUGUAGUUUCUUAAUGUUGGUAGACGAAGUGUUUGACCAAACCGUUGAACAAUAGAACAUUUUGUUCAUUACAAGUGCCGAGACGAUGAGAGUUAAAGCUUCUUUAUCGAAACAUUUUUUGACUCGGUUUAUUUGGCACAGGGAAUUCAUACAUGAGGAAACCAGGUUGGUGAUGUGCUGGUCAUAUGUCAAAUAAGAGUCGAUUGUCAUUCCUAGAUCUUUGGCAAAGGAGACGGGGGUAAUAGUCUCGUUGAGGAAGUUUAUGGUCAUAUCUACGGGAAGUUGUUGUAGGUUUUGCCGUGUGCCAAUCAGCAUGUAUUUGGUCUUUCCCGGGUUAAUACGCAAUUCAUUUUCGGAACAACUGUUUGCAAUCAAAUACAAGUCUUCCUCAAGUUGUUGCUUUAAACAGUCCACGUUAGCCACAGUGAAAGAUAGUAAUAUCUUGGAGUCGUCCACGUACGAUUCAAGUUUACUAUGGUGGACUGAUGAGGGCAAGUCGUUAGUAUAAAUACUAAAAAGUAAAGGUGAUAAAAUUGCACCCUGUGGUACACCAUAAGAAACAGGGAGAGGAGUAGACACAGUUGAUCCAAUUCUGACUGAUUGAGUUCUUCCGGUCAAGUAACUCUCAAACCAUUUUACAACGCUUGGGGAAGCCCCGACGUUGCUAAGUUUUGUAAGGAGAAAAGUAUGAUUUACACUGUCGAAAGCUUUAGAUAGAUCUAUUAGAAUCAGUGCAGUAACCAAUUUCCCAUCCAUGGCCUUUAGGAUAGUAUCUCCGGUCAAAAGAUUCAAUGUUUCGCAUGAGGGAUGUUUCUUGUUCCCGCUCUGGUGGGUUGACAAUUUUUUGUUCUUCAUUAGAUACGAACCAAAUUGAUUCAAGGCGACUUUUUCACAAAUUUUCGAAAGAAAGGUAAGGAGAGAAAGUGGGCGGUUAUUUGAUGCUUCCUCGUGGUUUCCAUCCUUUAACAAAGGGAUAACUUCUGCCUCUUUCCAUGCUAUAGGGAACGAAGAUGACGACAGUGAGCAGUUAAUGAUAUCGGUGAGGGGCCCAAGAAUUACCGGUAGGCUGUGUUUGAUGACACGCAUACUCACUUUGUCUUUGCCGGGUGAUUUGUUUGACGGCAUAGCUAAUAUGAUGUUCCUUAUUUCUGAACAAGGGACUGGGGUGAAACUAAAUCUAUCAUUUUCUUCAGGGUAGCUGUUAUCUGUGCGAUUUACGUCAGAAAGAUUCCGAGCUGGAUAAACACUGGGAUCUUGUAUUAGUGUUGAGGCUUUCUUUGCUGCAUUCGCACCGAUGGUGGAAAAGAAAUGAUUAAACUCUUCGGCCACUAAUUUCGGUUCCUUACUGUAGACCACUGACUCUCUUUCCCUAUACGCUAUAUUUUCUUUAAUUACCUUCCCAAGUGACCCAGUAUUGUUUCUGUGUUGCUGAACUUCCUUCAGUACAUAUUCUUUCUGUGCAUUAACAAGUGCGGUUUUUGUAAAAUUGCGGGCCUCUCUGAAAUUAAGCCAAUCAUAAUGAUCGCGUGUUUUCCUGAAAAGACUAUGGAGCUGGUCUCUUUUGAUCAUGGAUGCUUUUAUUUCCGGGGUGAUAAAUGGGCAAGAAUUAUUAAUGGUUUGUUGAUAUGAUAGUCUCUGACGUGAUGGUCUCUGACGUGAAGUGAUUCUAACAGGUAUUUUCAUCAUAUUGUCUGCUGCUGACUCGUCAAACAGGCCACUGUGUGGAGAUGGGCCAACCACUCUAGAGAGUGGUGGCGGUGGGCUGUCCGAUACGAAGGAAUGACACGGCAACGUUUUAAAAAAGGAUACCGACUACAAUGGUGCUUUCGAAACCCUAAGGGGUUUGUAACUUGACCGUGUCUAAGACUUGAGGGUCUCGGGGUUGGAAGAUGAGGGAACGAAGAAUGCUUUAGAUUUGACUCGCUGAUUGACCUAUCCGAUCGUGGAUUCACCUGGUCAGGGUUAAGGGCAUCAAGGCUUAACACGGUUUUUGCAUAGGAUCGGUCGCAAUUCCUACAUAUGCCUUGCUUCCCACGUUGCUUGAAAUGUUGACACCCAUCGAAUAAAUCCUGCUCACGCUGAUCUAAUUCAUUUUCGUCAAAAGUGAGGUUUGCAGAAACAUCUUCGAUUAUACUUAGAUCUUCGCAUAAGGGCAAAUAGUUUAAAACAUUCUUAGCCUGAAAAGGCUCGCGGUUCAGGCUUAAUGAGUAAUCUUUUUUGAAGGAGUUGAUUGUAGUCUUAGAUUGUUGUGUGGAUAAUAGGGCAUUGUUCUUUAUUUCAAUGAUAACUGUAGGGAAACUUUCCUCAGCGGGCAGGUAUCUACAUAUUAACUGGGGUUGAUAAUGCACCAGAUGGGUGAUUUAUUUUAGUUGAUCCAUCGUGUUGGGGAUUUACAUUGUCAGGACUGUUAAAGGACUUCUUAUCUUGUAAAGAUGGCUUUGAGGGACUUGAAAAGGUUAUGGAAGCCGAGUCUUUAAUCAUCAUUUUCUCCUCUAGGUCGGUAAUGCGUGACUUUAAAUUCGAAUUCUCGUUUCCUAAUCGGCACAGCUCUUGUUUAUUUGUGUCAAUAAUAUGAUUUUGUUCAGACACUUUAGUCAACAAUUUUUCUAUUUGCGAUUCUAUUUUUUCUUUAAAUGUAAGGAGUUGUGCCUCGGCUAUAGUCGGGAUAUCAUCAGCUCGUUGUUGAAAUGGUGUAGAAAAGCUGGCUGUCUGAGCAAAAUUCGGCGUGGCUGCGACAUUCGCAAUAAAAUAUGCGCUAUCAAUGAAGUCCUCAAGUUCUUCGAGUGACGAAGUGUCAGCAAUCGAUUCAAACCCCAUAUCUUUGGCUUGAGUAUUGUACGAACAAUUGUGAGUUAAAGGGGCCAUGUCCUCGAACACACGGCCAUUACCAACGAUAUGUUCGCCUUCGACCGACAUUUUUGUAGUUGUUUGGAUUAAACUAUCCGAGGUCGUAUUUGUUUGCUUAAUAACGCAAUUUGUGUCUAAUACGCUCACUAGAAAUUCCUUGAAAGAUUUGCCUUUCUUUCCAUUGAAAGUCAAAGAGUUUUGUUUGCCCGAGUACCAAGUCAUAAUAAAAUCAGAGCUUAAGUUUAUAAACUGUUUGGCUUUACCGCCAGGCGACGUCCAUUUACCCGUUAAUCCGACAACAUUUUCGGCAAAAGUCCUUAACGAACAGAGGUCGUUUGUCCAUUUGAGACGGAUCCCAUCAUAAACUAGAUGACCUUGAUUGUUUAACAACUUUAUGGAGUUCAUAUCAAUAGUUUCAGGACUAAAAUUUUCAAGUUUAGUUGAGGCCAUAAUUAAACCAUCCGCCGCCAUGUUGUUAUCAACGAGAGAGACUCUGUGUUGAUACAGACCGAGAGCAAGAAUCGAGGUACGUGGCCUCUAGGAAUCAUAGAAGAUACCUAUCCUGGAAAGGAUAACGUGAUACGGGGAGUACGUCUGAAGACUCCAAACGGAACCUUGGAAAGAGCCGUGCAGCUGCUUUUUCCGUUAGAACUGAGCUGUGAUGUCGUACCGGAAGUGCCAAUCCUGAACCCAGAUGCGGUAGAAUUCUUGCCACGCCCUCGGCGAGACGCGGCGACUGCAGCAAAACUCCGUAUUGAAUAGAUCGAAGCAGCGGAUGAUGAGUAGGAGAAAGAAAAAGUUAACGUACAGUGAUAUUGACAAUUAUUCUAAAUUUAACAUUUUGUGUUGUGUUAGUGUAUACACCUCUUACAGAGUGUAUACAGGGGAGUGUGUCGGAACUGAACGGAAUUACGUGUCUCGCGUGUGCUACACGCGAGCACAUGGAAUACUAAUUAUGUAUGUAGCGGGAAAACAACAGCGAGAGUUUUAUCAAUAUAUUUUUUAUAUUCUGAGUUUUCAGUGAUUUUUAUUGUGAGUAGAGUGACUUUUUCGCAGAUACAUACCGGGGAGGCAGGUACUUUGCGAAAUAUAAACUAUAAAGUAAAUGAUUUAAACCCUCUUAUUGAUAUUAUGCGAUCCUGUUUGCUUUAAUAGCAAUAAAUAUACACCAGAACAAAUUGAUUGAGAUUCUUUACGGAAAGCGUUUACACGACAGUUUCCCCGGAUUGAAAUGUUUCCGGACACGAAGACCCCACAAACGUUUCCGGUUUCAAAGAUACGCAACCGAGACGAUUUACCAUCGGAUUCGUCGCUGCGUGUGUAAACGGCAACAUGAAUCCGGUACUAAAACGUUCUGGUUUCGUGAUGAAUCUCUAGUGUAAACGGGGUCUUAUAGAGACUUGACGAUUCGAAUUGUAAAGAAUUUGACAGAUUUUAAAAUGUCUCCAAAUUGUAAAUAUUCCAGCUUCAAAAUUGAUCCAUUCAAUUCAAAGCAUGCUCUAUCUGGUCCUAUAGUUUUCAGAUCAGCGGACUUUUCAUAUCUCAUGUGCUCACGUUAGCAUGCAUUUCUAAACUAUCACUAAAUCCUGUUUUCUUAGGAAGUAUGAAGACAUUAAGAAUUAUUCGCAAACGCUACAGGGAAACAUUGCUUCUCUUCUCAAAGUUCAACAGGUAUAAAUUUCUGUAACGUAAUUAAUAAUAUACAUAAAAAUAUUACUCGACUGUGAUUGGAUGAUUUCAGUGCAGCUAAUCCCAAAUAACACUGCAAAAGUCCGUAACAACAGUGCAAAAAUCUUAAACAAGCUGAUCUGGAUGGUCGAUAAACAAUGGGAUCUAAAGUCAACCAAUCGGCUUAAAGCAGUCCCCAAGUGACGGACACAGAUUGCUUCAAAACAAAACAAACACGGCGUGCUCUUUGAAAACUCACUCGUGCAUGUUUUAUCCAAAUUGCACUCAAAACCAUCCUAUUCCUCCUAUUGCCUAUACUAGAAUUAUAAGAUAUUAUAAUUAUACAAGUGGAAUAAAACAGGUAAUUUGGUUGGGUAAUGAGCGUGCAUUAUAAUUACACAACUGUGAAGGUCCAUACAUACCGGACGCGAUUCGACAACGCCACGCGAAUUUUCAGUUUUUAAAAACAAAUAAAACCGUCAACGAAUAAAAAUUUUACAAGAUAUGCAGACCAAAUAGCUAAAAUUGCUUAAGUGGUUCCGAAUAUUUGAAAAACAUAGAAAAAUAUUGAAGUUAGAUGUCAUUGAAAAUUGAAACUUCGCGUCGCGUUGCCAAAUCGCGUCCAUUCUGUAUGGACCUUGACCUGUGCACAGUCUUGGUUUCAGGUUUCCAGGGCUGCAAAUUAUUGUCGGACAUCGGACAAUGUCGGACUAAAUUUGGCAAAUGUCCGAGCAAAAGUAAUUUUGAUCGGACAUUGGUCCGAUCACAAAAAAAAAUUGUCACAUUAUACAUUUUUUUGCUGUGACAAAAUCCGAUUGCAAAUUCACUCAAUUUGCAUUUUGCAAUAAAAUUUACGAGGCAUUCUAGCAUUUUAGUUGACGUUGCGCCGGAAUGGCUAUACAUUCUUGUCUCGUGACUUAUAUAUAUCUUGUGACGUAUACGUAUAUGUCCGACCAAAAUUAAAAGUGAUCGGACACAUGUCCUGUCAAGUCAAAUAUUUAUUUGCAGCCCUGGGUUUCUUUAUCUCAGGUUUCUUGCCAAAACAAUAUGAACAAAAUUAUAGAAUCCAAGAUUUAUCAAAAAGCAAAAAAGCUAUUGUUAUAGUCCGAAAACGACUGCAAAAGCCUAAAGGUUAUCCACUCGCCUCAUUCAGCUCGCGAGUCACUUUUUCUUCUUCACACAUUUUGACGUCAUACUGUGUGUCUAGACAACAGACAACGUAGCUACUUUCCGAAUCGGUUAAUAUUCCUGGAUAAAUUUCCUGGCAAAUUAUAUUGGUCCAGGGCGUCCUUAAAUAACCAGGAUAAAUAACCAGGGGUCCCUGACUUGUCACUGGCAUACAACGCACGUUUUGCGCGGGCCAGGCGACCGUGAUGGAUAACGUACAAACCUUACAUGUUGACACAAACCCUCAUGUUGACAUAAGAUUCGAAAUAUCCGCCUGUCUGCCUGUCGAUUCCAGAUGAUUUUCACAAACGAUGGGCGUAAAAAAACUACUUAUCUGUCACCUGCGACUGAGAAAGCAUCUACACUAUCGCAUGUCAUAAAGAUUGUAUAGUUUGAAUAAGGGUGGAGACGGGGGGAAAUACACGACCUGUACAUGUCACCAUGGACAGGCAAAAUAUAUUAGGAACAUUUUAAACCCUGUUGACAGCUACUGUAUAAAAAUCAAAUCUUUAUUGGUAUGGAAGAAUUAAAUCUAUAUACCUAACAUGGGAUUUUUAUACCUCUAUAUUACCUUUUUAUACACCCUUUAUAUCACUACCACGACCGACGGUCAACCGCCAAGUUUUAAAUGUUGUCUGUUGCUUUGUAGAAAAUUUCGGAAAAACAGUUUAGCAUUCAUAAAGAACAUGCAAAUUAUGGGAAAAUAUUCAGGUAUGAGAAGUGUCUUUUGCAAAAUUAUUCUAAUUUGUAAAAUAUACACCUAUUCACUUUAAAGCACGUGUCUGACAACUGCAGUGUAUCUGUUCUCUCCACGGAUUCAUUUGACACAAGCUUGCAUUCUUAUCUGCAAUAUCAUUAAUAAAACCAACCAGUACCGUAUAUCGUUAUCCUGAUACCACGGUAGUAAACACCUGUACGUUUUUGAGACAAAAAAUGACUUUAUUUGAAUGAGUAAAGCAAACUUAAGUAAAGCAUCAAUUGAACGUUCCUCACAGAGGUAACCAUGUAUACUACUUACUAGAUAGUGCAAAUACGAUUAUGUUGGAAUAAGUAAUCAAGUUUAAAAUCAUAUGACGCGGGGGGGGGCACUCAUAUAGUGGUAGGGUGGGUGUAGGGUAGGGGUCAGGAUAGAGUUGGGGUGGGGGUCAUUUUGGAGACUAUUCCAUAUAUGACUCUUCUAUUAAAUUUCAGCCAAGCCCUGGUUGAAAAACUCGAGAGGUUAAGAUUGACGUUUGCGGCAGACCGGUAACCGCUAAAUUCAAGUCGUAUUUUGAGAUCAACUGUAAGCUGUUCGAAGUUACGACAAUUUGUACAUUAAAAUUGAAGAAUGAAUUGACUAAAAAACUGUCGAAAUCUUCGGAAACUUGUAGAACUUACCUUCAAAUGCGAAUUAAAGUUUCCCGUUUGCGGUUACCGGUCUGCCGUAAACGUCAAUCUUAACCUCUCUAUUGUCUUCUUGUACGCACACGUACGCAUAGGAGAGGUGUGCAAAAUAAGCGUACAAUAGUAUGGAAGAGGGGAGGGGGUGUAAAAUAUUCCCGAAAUUUAGCGUACGUACCAAAUGGAUGCCCCCUGUGUUAUAUAUAUGUUGCUACAUUUUUAUCGCUGCGAAUCAAUUGUUCUAGUGAGUGGAGCAGUAUUGAAGAUGAAAUGGGUCAUGCGUUGCAGAAAGCUGGUCACUACAUGGACAAGUAAGGACUUUUUAAAUAUCUCACAUUUUCAAAC